AUGACAGCUAGUGAGGUUUAUCGCAUCCAAGCCGUUUGUCAUGCAGUGUUUCGCUGGAAGUUUCUCCACCCUCACACGCCGAACCCUAUCAGGCUUCACACCCUGCCACGCAGGAAACCACAGAUCGUUGCCGAGUUCAGAAUCGAGAUAACCCUCACAAAGCAACGUAUUUCCAAAUCUCUUGGUUUUGACACGGCUAAGGUGGAAACGAAUGAGUUCUGGUUCACUGACGACGCAUUCCGCCCCAAGGAGUACAACCUCUGUUUGCGGGAAGGCAGGUUCCUCGAACCACAUUAUGGUCUGCUGUCAGGGGAUGCCACAUUCUUAAAGAAGUAUUCUCUAUAUUUGGAGUUUGAUCUAUCUCCAUAUCCCCCACGGCACGAGUGGAAGGAACCCGAUGGAGAGGCGCAGGCAGUACGGUUGUGGGACUACACGCAGUUCUGCAGCCGGGAGCCGCCGUCCAACGCAAUUAAAACCUAUUUCUAUGACAAUUGCUUGAUUAUGUGA